GUGAUUUCCUGCAGCAACUAAUGAUUUUAUAUAACUUCUUAUAUUCACAAAAUUGCUAUGAUGUAAAAGGUAAAAGGCCUAAAAGUUUUUUGUAAUUUUGACAAUUUUUAGGAAAUACAAUGAUUUAUUUAAAAAUAAUAUGAAAGAAUUUUAUCAUGGAUUGGAUUAAAAACCUAUCAAGACCAGUAAAAUGUACUGUGGUAGCUGCUGGGCUUGGAACUAUUUCAGUGUUGGCUUACAAUGCUUACGAUAAAUAUAAAAACAAAAACAUACCAUCAAACGUUAUAAAACACAAGAUGGGGGGAGCCUGUGAGAAUGUUACUUGCAAAGUUCCUGAAAUCAUUAUUGACACACCGAAAUUGGAGGAUAAUAUCAAGGACGUUGAGGAAGUUGAUGGAAUGAGUCCAAGAGUAGAGCAAUGCAUAGACAAUGCGUCGUGUGAAAAUGAGCAAUAUUUUCAAAAUGAGGAGUUAUUUGGAAAUGAUUCGACCUCUCAACAUGGUCAAGAGAGCCAGCAAUACUACAAAGUGGAACAAUCUAGCAGUAGCGCAGGUAUUGUUAUCUCCAGGAAAGAACCUGUGGAAGAUGAUUCACUUUUUGAUGAUGUCAGCCUACAAAAGCCUAGCCGAAAAGUUCUACUUCUUGGAUUGGAAAAGUCUGGCAAGUCUGCAUUGUUAUCACAACUCUCGAGAGAAGGGAAAGAUUGCACAAUCUAUGAACCAACAAAGGGAUUUAAUGUUGUAUGCAUUUCCUUCGAUAAUAUUGAUCUUAGUCUAUGGGAAAUUGGAGGAAGUAUAGAAUAUCGUUCGUAUUGGAAAAACUUUAGUGAUGGAGUGGAACAAAUAUUUUUUGUUGUUGAUUCAACUAAUCGAGAAAGUUUUGAAGAUGCAAAGGUAUUUUUGAGUAUCGUUUGUGAUGAAUUGGAGAAUGUUUCAGUUGUUAUUGUUGCUACAAAGUCUGAUGACCCUAACUCUGCAUCUAUUGAAGAGUUAGAAGAAAUGUUUGGAUUUGGGGGUUGUAAAAUUGUGAAAGUAGCUGUAGAGACUGGUGGUGCAAAGCAAAAUUUUGGAGUUGACAAGGUACAGCAAUGCUGUCUCGUCACAUAGACAUUAAAAGUGUUAUUGAUUAUUAAUGAAAAAUUGUGAUUUUGUUAUGAGUUACUUACUUGUUAUAAAAUUUUGUGCUCCUUAUAUAUACAACAAUAUUAAAUUUUAUCAAUACUUGUGUAUAUAUAUAAUGGAUAAUGUAUAGUUAGUAUAUUUAUACUUGAAUCAAGAUGUUCUUGUGCAAAAUACCUGUCAAACGAAAUAGGAAUCCUCUUUUCUUUUCUACACUAAGUGAAUUUUUACAUUUCAUGAACACAAAAAAAUCAAUAAUACAAUUCAGUACCUAAGAAAUAUAACAAAUUAAAAUACUGGAAAUUCUAUGUUGAUGCUAAAAAAAGAAUAUUUCACUCUGACAGAACAUUUUGCACAAUAGUAUCUAAACAUAAAAUAUAAAAAGUGUUUUUAUGUAAUAUAGAAGUUAAUAUUUACAAUACUUAAUUUUAUUGAGAAUGAAUAUAAUAGAAUAUGAUCUGCUAACAAAUUU